AUGUUGCCAACCGCUUUAUCAGCGACGUACCUACUCGGUGUGGGCGAAAAGAUAGCAAGAUUAUAUAAGGAAGUAAAUGUACCGAUUAUUAUGAGUGUUGAGGAUUGUCACGUGCAUGACGUCAAGACAAUGUGUGACUUGUGCAGCUGCACGUUUAGCGAACGCAAUUGUAAAACUGCACACCACGACCACUUGUCGGGACGUUUUCUAAAAACAUUAUGCAACACGUGCAACCUUAAGUUGAAAACACCGAAUUUUGUACCAUGCUAUCUGCACAAUCUGUCCAACUACGAUGCCCAUUUUAUCGUGACGAAUUUGGCGGGCGACGGCGACAAUAAUCGAAUAUCGGUAAUAGCGAACACCGAGGAGAAAUAUAUUUCGUUCUCGAAGUAUAUUAACAACUCAUUCUCCGUCAGGUUUGUAGACACGUGUCGAUUCAUGGCGUCAAGCUUGGCGCACUUGGCGGAGAACCUCACCUCCGCAAACUUUGAUAAGUUUCGCGAAGUCGCGAAAGUGUUCACCCCGUCGGAGAUGGAGUUGGUCACGCGGAAAGGCGUAUAUCCGUAUGAAUAUACAGAUUCGUGGGAUAAAUUGGACGCUAUUUCUACAGCGCGCUGA